CAAAAUAAUACAAUAAUAAUUGUUUCUUAAAUCUUAAUAAAGCCGCAUCUUAGCUUCUGGUUUCCUUAAAGUUGCAGCAACUUUCCCUUUAUUUUUUCAUCUUCAUCUUCUUUACUCCAACUUGUCUUCUUCUAUUCCUUGUGAACUGCCUCUUCGAGUCUACUUUAUGUGGUAGAGGUGUAGUAUGCUGGGUAAAACACGCGGUUCGCCCUCCAUGUACAAGCGAACGAUGUCGAGGGAUAAUGCUAAUGAAGCUGACUUAGAGGACAGUUCAGCUCCUUUACAGAAUGGCGUGGGACAGGAUAUUACAAAUCCGUCUUGGAAGCGUUCUCUUCCACAUGUUCUUUUGGCAACCAUAGUUCCAUUCUUAUUUGGCUACCAUCUUGGAGUAGUUAAUGAACCUCUUGAAAGCAUUUCUUCUGAUCUCGGGUUCAAGGGAGAUACAUUAGCUGAAGGGUUGGUGGUCAGUAUUUGUCUUGGUGGUGCUUUUGUUGGAUCUCUACUUAGUGGUUGGAUUGCUGACGGGUUUGGGCGUCGCAGGGCUUUUCAGUUAUGUGUCUUGCCUAUGAUACUUGGUGCUUCUAUCAGUGCAUCAACCAACAAUGUGGCUGGUAUGCUGCUCGGAAGGUUUCUGGUUGGUACAGGCUUGGGUAUUGGUCCUCCUGUUGCUUCUCUCUACAUCACAGAGGUUUCUCCUCCGUUUGUGAGAGGGACUUAUGGAAGCUUCAUUCAAAUCGCAACAUGCGCUGGAAUUAUGGGGGCUUUGUUAAUUGGAAUUCCUGUUAAGGAUAUAAGUGGCUGGUGGCGUAUAUGUUUCUGGGUAUCUACGAUUCCAGCAGCAAUACUUGCUAUUUUCAUGGAAUUCGCUGUUGAGAGUCCUCAUUGGCUAUACAAGCAAGGAAGAAUUUCUGAAGCUGAGGUUCAAUUUGAGAAGGUUUUAGGUGGAUGGCAUGUAAACGCUGCAAUGGCAGAGUUGAUGAAAUCAGAUAGAGGAGAUGAAAUCGAAAAUGUCACGGUAUCAGAUUUGAUUUGUGGUCGUCAUUUCAGAGUUGUUUAUAUUGGAUCAGCCCUGUUUGCUUUACAACAGCUAUCUGGAAUAAAUGCUGUAUUUUAUUUCUCUUCAACUGUAUUUAGAAGUGCGGGAGUAUCAUCUAACCUGGCCAAUGCCUUUGUGGGGAUUACAAAUUUAGUUGGAUCUGUCAUUGCGUUAACAUUGAUGGACAAAGUAGGAAGGAAGGGUCUACUAAUUUGGAGUUUUUCUGGCAUGGUCGUAUCAACAGGCAUUCAAGUAGCUGCAGCAGGGGCAUUUGCAUCUACUUCAAUAGCAGAGUACCUAUCUGUUGGAGGCAUGCUGGCGUUUGUUUUCUCAUUCGCUGUGGGAGCUGGCCCCGUUCCUGGCCUUCUGUUAUCUGAAAUCUUUCCCAACAGAAUUAGAGCUAAAGCUAUGGCAUUUUGUAUGUCAGUGCAUUGGGUAUUCAACUUCUUGGUGGGCUUGCUGUUCUUGCGUUUGCUUGAGCGAAUGGGACCACAACUCUUGUACACCAUGUUCGGUACCUUCUGCUUGAUGGCAGUGUUCUUUGUAAAGAAUAAUGUAAUGGAAACCAAAGGAAAAUCUCUCCAAGAAAUAGAAAUAUCUCUUCUUCCUUCAGAAUAGAGGAGGUUCGUUGCUCACUCCAGGCGUAUAUGUAUUAAUGAAACAUAAACUUAAAGCUUCAGUCUCCAGUCUGAUAAUAGGUAGCUGUCGAGUUGGUUCAAGUCACCGGUCUGGUCGGAUCAGUGUGAGUUGUCUUCUUAAUACAGGUAGUAUACCCAGAAGUACUACGCACUAUGCAGUAUAUGCAAAAAUCUUGUAUAUGUUAAAAUGAACUACAAGGUAUGUGAAGACUGACGACAUCAGAGUUGUCAGGAAGAUACCACGUCUGAUAAGAAUCAAGUGCAUGGAAAUUUCGUUUCCUUCUAUUUGAAUGAUUGAUUAUAUUACAA